AUGCCAAAUAUUAAAAUCUUCAGCGGCAGCUCCCACCAGGACUUAUCCCAGAAAAUCGCCGACCGCCUGGGUCUGGAGCUGGGCAAGGUGGUGACUAAGAAAUUCAGCAACCAGGAGACCUGCGUGGAAAUUGGUGAGAGCGUGCGUGGGGAGGACGUGUACAUCGUGCAGAGCGGCUGUGGCGAAAUCAACGACAGUCUCAUGGAGCUGUUGAUCAUGAUCAACGCCUGCAAGAUCGCUUCUGCCAGCCGGGUCACAGCAGUCAUCCCCUGCUUCCCGUACGCCCGGCAGGAUAAGAAAGAUAAGAGCCGUGCCCCCAUUUCCGCCAAGCUCGUCGCAAACAUGCUGUCUAUAGCGGGUGCGGAUCACAUCAUCACCAUGGACCUCCAUGCCUCCCAGAUCCAGGGCUUCUUUGACAUCCCAGUCGACAAUUUGUAUGCGGAGCCAGCUGUCCUCAAGUGGAUAAGGGAAAAUAUUUCCGAAUGGAGGAACUGCACCAUUGUCUCUCCGGAUGCUGGCGGGGCCAAGAGAGUCACUUCCAUUGCAGACCGUUUGAAUGUGGACUUUGCCUUGAUUCACAAAGAACGGAAGAAAGCAAAUGAAGUGGACCGCAUGGUGCUAGUGGGAGAUGUGAAGGAUCGGGUGGCCAUCCUUGUGGAUGACAUGGCUGACACUUGUGGUACAAUCUGCCAUGCAGCUGACAAGCUUGUCUCAGCCGGAGCCACCAGAGUUUAUGCAAUCUUGACACACGGAAUCUUCUCUGGCCCAGCCAUUGCUCGCAUUAAUAGUGCAUGCUUUGAAGCACUAGUAGUCACCAACACCAUACCUCAGGAGGAUAAGAUGAAGCAUUGCUCCAAAAUACAGGUGAUCGACAUCUCUAUGAUUCUUGCAGAAGCUAUCCGGAGAACUCACAAUGGGGAAUCUGUUUCCUACCUGUUCAGCCAUGUUCCUAUGUAA